AUGAGCACUGAAAGACCUUCCAAUCUAAUCAAACACCUAGGGCAGACAAGUAUUCCUUCCCUUGAAAAUAUAAGUGAUUUUUCCUUAAAUGUCACUGACUGUACCCAGGUCGUGGUGCCAGAGGAAGUUUUUUUUACUGUUGCUGCUGCUGGCAUAUUGGAAAAUCUGCUUGUCCUUAUUGCUGUCAUCAGAAAUAAGAAUUUGCACUUGCCCAUGUACUUCUUCAUUUGUAGUUUAGCCAUUUCAGACAUGUUAGGUAGCUUGUACAAAACUCUGGAGAACAUCUUUAUUAUCUUGUGCAAAAUGGGGUACCUGACUCGUCGUGGGGACUUUGAGAAAAAGCUGGAUGAUGCCAUGGAUUCCAUGUUCAUUCUGUCUUUACUGGGGUCAAUUUUCAGCUUGUUAGCUAUUGCAGCAGACAGAUAUAUCACUAUUUUCUAUGCUUUGCGAUACCAUAAUAUCAUGACACUACAAAGGGCUUUGAUCAUCUUGGCAAUCAUUUGGACGUUCUGUGCUGGCAGUAGCAUUGCCAUUGCCCUCUUCUCCUAUGAAGCAGCUACAGUUAUUCCCUUCACUAUCCUGUUUCCUUUAAUGAUGUUUUUUAUACUGUGCCUCUAUGUACAUAUGUUCCUCCUUGCUCGAUCUCAUGCUAAAAAGAUCGCCUCACUGCCCACCAGUGCAGUCCAUCAGAGAACUAACAUGAAAGGAGCCAUUACACUGACUAUUUUCCUUGGAGUCUUCCUUUGCUGUUGGGCCCCCUUUGUUCUUCACAUCCUCUUAGCAAGGUUUUGCCCACAUAACCCUUACUGUGCCUGCUACAUGUCCAUAUUCCAUGUGAAUGGGACCCUCAUAAUGUGCAAUGCAAUCAUUGACCCUAUGAUUUUUGCAUUCCGAAGCCCAGAAUUACGGAGUACAUUUAGGAAGAUGUUCUGCUGUGCCAGGUAUAACUGGAACUGGUAG